AAAAUAUGUCUCUAAAGGAACCAAUGACUUCUUGCGUUCCUGAUGCUCUCCAAAGUGUAUUGCCGUCAUCUCAUCAACACAAAGCUGGUGAUGGUAUGAUUUGUAAUAGGAAUGAUAUUGUUCCAAAUUUCAAUCAUGUUCUUCAACAGGGAACAAGAACAUGUGGCCAAAUUUCUAUCAUAGACAACAGUAAAAAUUCAAACAAACAUUUAAGUGAAGAGUUCCUACAACAACAUCCAAAGUCCUUGUUUGGCAUACAUGCCAAUAGUAAUUUUCUUUACUGUCAUAAUCAAUUUGAUGAUGGUGCCAAAGAAAUUACUUGUAACAAUAUGUUCAAUAGACCAAACACAUGUACAGAGACCCAAAUAAGACAAUCAAUAAUCUCGAAGGAAAUGGAGAUGCAUGACAACACAAUGGACACUGCUCUUCCUCCAUUACGAUUUAACAUAACUGACCUUAAUGAAUCAAAUUCACCACAUUUGUCGAGAUGCAGCCUACAGCAAAAAAUUGAAGUAUCCUUCACAAGUCAAAAGUUGAAAGAUGAAUCAAGAAGAUCACCACCAACCUCACAAGGUGCAUCAUCAUGCAUAACUAGGAAUAAUAGAGAACCAAAUGCAAACUCUGACCUUGCAUCUUUAAAUAUGGAAAGUUCAAACUACAGACCCCUACCUUACGAAUAUGUUCCAUCUGUACAGUCAAGCCUUAAAUCAGAACCGCUAACAACCAAACAUAACAUUUACAGAGGAGGAAAAACAAAUCUGUCACCACCUGAUUUAGGUAUCACGACUAACAAUGAUACAACGCUCAAUUCUCUAAGGUCGCCUCCCCAACGCCAACAACAACAAGACCAGCACCAAGAGCAAAAUCAUUCUUUGGGAACUCGGGAUGAUCAGCAAGUAGUCAACGACACAAACAGAACCACCAAAUAUUCAUUUCAACAAAUGCAAAAACAACCACCUCUGGUAGAGAUGAAUCCUGUCGCUAGUGGUGGAUCUUUUGCAACUAAGCAGCUUAGUACUCCUCCUACUCGUAACAACAACAACAAUACAAGUACUCAUAGUAUGAUGAGUCAGAGUAGUUGUACUCCAAUUGCUUCUUCAAAUCCUCUCUAUUCAUAUAAUCAUCAACAAUCCGCAUCUCUUAAUAACACUUGCCCACCACCUGCUAAUUCAUCAGCUCAUAAUCCUCCUUACAGCAAUAAUAAUUUGCUCAUGGUAUCACAACCACACCAUAAUUCCUACAGAAAUCUUCCUUCAACAAUAUCACGUGCUUCAACAGCAACAGGAUCAACACUCAGAGAUCAUGAUACAGUGAUACAAAGUUCAGCCUCUUCCCUACUACUCCUAUCAGAACAAAAACAACCAUCUUAUAUUGGUGGUGGUUUGAUAGCUAAUGAUUCCGCUAGAAGUUUAGAAGCUGUUGCUGCUGUUCCUGUUGCCCAGGGCUGUACUAGUGAGAGAAUCCCUACAACCCAAUCAUCCUUGCAUUAUUCAUCCAUUCCACACUCUUCCUCUUCUUUACUGGGCAAAAAGCAAAGAAUGACUUCAACAAUAACUGCGAGUACUAAUAUUCCUCAAUCAUCUUUGAACGCUCCUCAACAACCAACUAAUCCUCUCUCCAAUAAUAAUUCAAUCAAACCUCACCAAACAACUAAUAUUAAGUUUCAUCUCCUUGAUGAUCCAAAUCUUAAACAAGAUGAGCAUAGAAGCAAUUUUGUAAGAAUUGAUGAGGAACAGAUACGAAAAGUAUUCCAUCUUACUCAGAGACAAGCAGCUGCUUUUUUAGGAGUUAGUUUAUCUACACUCAAAAGACGAUUCUAUGAAAUGAGAGAAAGUUUAGGAAUGGAUAAGUGGCCUACUACAGCAAAUGGUACUACAACAAUACCAGCAACACAAACUAGUGCAUGUGUUGUUGGCCCAACCAAUUCAUCUUCGAGUAAUUUGAGUAACAACAAUGCAACUUCAAGAAAUAAUAAGGGGUCUAGAAAGAAUUCUCUUCAAUCUGAUCAAACUUUGAAUAUUCCAACAACUCCUCUUACGAAUUUGAAUGAUAAUCAUUCCUCCUAUCAUAUUGAUCCAUAUAACAAUGCUUCCUCCCGUAGAACAUCAGUAACUUCUCAAGACGAGUUUACUUAUCAAAAAAUUGGAACACCACAUAAUGGAAAUUCCUCAAUAAUGAAUCAAAAUAAUCAUUCUUCGUAUUUACCUCAAUCAACAAAUAAUCUCCCUGCUGUAAAUAUUUCACUUCCUCCAAUAGUUACUUCCCCUUAUUCUAACCCAACUUCAAAACCCCAACUUCCAAACAAUGAUAGUCUCGACAAUUUUCUUUCUAGGUAUGCUCCUAAAUCUUUCGAUGAUAUUGCCCAAGAUUCUGACAAGUGCCUUCCAGUUUCAACCACUUUAAAGAGAAGAACCAAUGUUUUUGGGCAAGGUCAUGAUCCAAUUCUUAUUGCUAAAAUGUUUUCUGAAGAGACAACAACUAGUAAUUCAAGAAAAAGAUCCUAUCCAAAUAUUUCUACAAUUGAAAAUAAGGAAUUUGAGAAGGACAGUUACUCAUCUCAAUUACCAAGACAUUCCAGUUUCAGUAGUCAAGGAAGUAUGGAUGGCUCAUUUGAACCACCAAGAAAAGUCAACAAGGCAUUCCCAAUUAAUAAGAGAGGAAGCACAGACGAAAAUGCAGAACCAAAAACAAAUAAUCCAUCCAACAUGAGUUUUAUCCUCAAUGAAGGAGUUAAGGACCCAACUCAUCUUGAUAAGGAAGAAUGGAAUACACUAAUGGAAGCAUUUAAAAAACAAUAAAGCAUAAUACGCUUUAAUAU